UAUCUAACAAACUUCGAAAACUGAUAUUUUUCUUCUAUUUACUGUCAUUCAAUUUUCACAUAUUUAUAUCGUUUAUACUUGUAAAGAGGUCGAAAAAAAAUGGAAGAAGACGUAAGUUUUAUUGAAGAUAAUGAAGGCAUUGCCGACGAAUCAAGUCCAGAUCCAGAAGACCCAGAAUAUGCUUUCGUUAUUCUGGAAAGAAAAUUUAACAAGGUUGUCUCCGAGAUGGAACAGAACCCUGCGGCAGCCCAGUAUGCCGAGGAAUUCACCAAUCUCUUCGACGCUCUCUACAAAUCCCACGAAAAAGAGUCUAUGCUGAACGAGAGGUGCCAAAAUGUGGAGUAUGAACUAGAGAUCAAGAUGAGGAAGCUUGAGAGCGCAAUCAAAUUAACAGAAACCGACCAGAUGGUGAUAGACGACCUCAAAGAUCAGAUCCAGAAGGCGUGGAAGAUGGCGGAUGCGGCCCACGCUAGAGAGCAGACUGCUCAGGAGAUAAUAGAGAAUCUCAGGAAGCAGGUCGAAAGCCUCAAUACUGAGAUUGAGCUGCGUAACAAGUUUGCUGCAGAACAGGCGGAGGAUACUGGCGUCAUGGGCAAGAAGAAGGAAGGUCUUCAGCGAGAGAAGGAAAGGCUACAAGGAGAGGUGAUACAGCUGUCCCAAAAGUUGCAGAAUGCCCUGGGUUAUCAGGAAGAACUGGAGCACAAGAAUUCGGCUGCUGAUAUCAAAUUGAACGAGCUUACUACACAAGUAGAGGACCAAACCUCGGAGAUAGACAGGCACAAGCGCCAAACAGCCAAGCUAAACCAAGAUAUCACGGAAAUGAAGGAAAAGCUAUCUGAAAAGGAACUCCAGCUCAACGAGCUCACCGAGGUAGUUGGCUACCACAUGAAACAGAUUGCCAGGCUGGAGAACCAGGUCAAAGACGAGAAGACAAACUACGACAGGCUGUACAAGGAACACGAAUCUCUGAACUCGAAGCAUUAUAAGAUGUACGAAGACCUCCAAGUUGCGCAGAGCAACUAUGACCAAACGAGGAAGACCCUCAACAAGAAAGAGCUGGAACUGAAGAAUUCCGAAGAUACGGUUAACCAUCUGAGGAACGACGUUACCAAACUGACCAAGAUGAAAGAUUUGUACGACAAGAAGCUAUUGGCGAUGGACUCGGACAAGAACGAUGUCAUCCAAGAGAGGAACAAGCUGCGACAACGUCUGAUCAUAAUCGAGAAAGAGGUGGACGACAUGAAGAAACAAGCUGACUCUGAGAAGAGAGCGAUGGAUUCAAUUGCCAGGGAAAAAGAUAUAAUGAAUAAGAGCAUCAUGCGACAGCAGGGUUUGGCACAGGAACAACAGAAGCUGAUCAAAAUCCAAGAGCAGCAGAAGAAAAAGCUAGAGGGCGAAUUGGACAUGUUCUACCUUGAGACCAACAAGCAGAAGAAGGUGAUCAGUCGUCUUGAGAGAGAAAGAGAAAGACUCGCAGAUGAGCACUUGGACAUGACCAGGCAAAUAGAGGAGGCGAUGGAGCAGAUAAAAUUGAAGAAAACGCAAAUAUUCGAACUGAAAAAGAUCCAGAGCGAGCAGGUGAACAAAUACAGGAUGCAACAGAAUCUCUUCGACAUCACGAGAGCGGAAAGGAACUCUCUGCAGAAACAGCUGCAAGAAUCGAACGCCGAGUGCAACGAGUUGAAGAAGAAACUGAGAAUUAUAGCCCACCAAACGGAGCAGCUCAAAGAGGAUAUAUCCAUGAAGGAAUCCACCUUGGUGAAGGAAGAAAACGUGCUUAGGAAAGCCAUGAAGGACAAGGAAUAUCUGAAAAUGGAGCUGACCAACACGCAAGACCAGGUGAAGAAGCUGAAGGAAGAGAUACAAAUGAUGUCCGAGGAAGAAAGGAGGCUGCAUCAAAGUUUAAUGAACAACGAAAAACUUAUCCGAGAACAAGCCAAGGACUUGGAGCAGCUGUUGAAUGAAAGAGAUAUACUAGGCGCUCAGCUAGUCAGGAGAAACGACGAAAUAGGUCUUCUACACGAAAAGAUAAACAUAUUUCAGUCCACUCUUGAAAGAGGGGAGACUCAAUACGAUCAGAGGCUGGACGACAUCAAGCUGUUGAAGAUCGAGAUCAAGAGGUUACGGCAGGAGAAGAUCCUGCUUACUAAAUCUGCAGAUAACGUGUCGGAUCUAAGGCAGGAGGUGUUUCACUUGGAGAGAGACCUGACAAGAGCUCGUUUGAAAUGCAGAGCCUUGGAAGAGGAGGUACAGAAUCCGUUGAACGUGCACAGGUGGAGGAAGCUUGAAGGCUCAGACCCAGAGGUCAUGGAUCUACUGCAGAAGAUUCAACUUUUGCAGAAGCGUCUCUUGCAUCAAUCUUCAGAAGCAGUUGAACGCGAGAGGCAACUGAAGGAAGUUCAACGUCUUUACCUGAAUUUGAGACAGGUUUUAGCGCAGCAACCAAGUCCUAGUGUAAAAGAAGAGCUGAACAAGACCCAAAAGGCUCUAAGAUUAAGGGGAAAUAAACUCAAGUGCUUGGUAUCGGAAUUGAAUAUGGCCGAAUUUCAAGCAAACGAAUACAAAGUGAGUUUGCAGAAGGUAACGGACGAACUGAAGGCGCUGAAGAAGAAGUAUCUGACCGAAAAGAAAAAAGAAGAACUUCGGGCGAGCGCGCAGAACUCUGUGCGGGAAGAAAAUGUCAUGAAUCAAGGUCAAACAAAAUUCACCGGUGGCGGGUUCCGAGUGAAGUGAUUUAAUUCCGAUCGAAAACGAAAAAAUUAAAGCAGAAAUAAGCACUGUGUCGAUUUGUGUUCAUCAGUAUUUGUGUGGUUUGGGUAUAAUCUAAUAAGCUAUAGGUUAGAAAAUGUCAAAGGUCUUGGAGGUUUGUGUUGAUUCUUUGGAUAGCGCGACGGCCGCUGUUGCUGGUGGCGCUGGUCGCAUCGAGUUAUGCGCCUCUCUACUAGAGGGCGGGCUGACGCCGACUCCCGGUUUAUUGAUCCAGGUUCAAAAUUUGAGCGGGAAUAAAGUACCUAUAUACUGUAUGUUGCGAUGCCGCCCAGGCAAUUUCAUUUACAACCGUCAGGAACUGGAGGUGAUGGUCGAAGACGCGAAAAUUUUGAGAAAAUACGGCGCCAAUGGCUUCGUUUUUGGAGCCCUAGACGAGAAUGGCGCAGUCGAUAUGAAAAUGUGCAGGGAGAUCGUCAAGGCUUGCUAUCCAUGCCCAGUAACAUUCCACAGGGCGUUCGAUUUCUGCGAACGCCCUUCUAUAGAGAUAGAGGUGAUUAUCGACUUGGGUUUCGAGAGGGUGCUAACCAGCGGCAAGCAAUCGAAUGCCCAGCUUGGAGUGAAGCUGAUCAAAAAGCUGAUGGAACAGGUUGGCAGCAGGAUAAUCAUAAUGCCCGGCGGUGGUCUAAACAAGGAAAACUUCAAAUUCAUAAUGGAAAACACGGAAGCGAAAGAAUAUCACGGUUCUUUCAGAAAACUGAAAAGUACGAUCGAACAAGACGAUUGCAAUACAACCGAUGUAAAAAUUGGAGAGCACAGCGGACCUAUGCACGUUACCGACAAGGAGUACGUUGCAGAAAUUGUACAUAUGUUAACGAACUGUUGAGCCUUUUAAUUGUAUAUUCUCUGACUGAAUACCUAUGUAUCUAAUAUUUUGAUGUUAUUUGUGAAGAUAAAUUGUUAUCUAAGAAAAUAUCAAGACUUGGAAUUUCUCAAGUAGUUUGUAGGUGUUUCAAAGCAAUGUUCAAAUGUGUCAAUGUUUAUCUUGUGAUUCAAGUGUUUCCAUAGAUCAAUAAAUUUAUUUUAAGCAA